UGUUUUUGUGGCACAACACAGAGUCACCCGUCGUAAUUGAUGAGGGCGACGCCAAUGAAGAUGGUAUUCCUGGAAUUAGUGGACGAGAUUCUAUUGAUGUUGACUCUGAUGCUCUUGCUUCCUAUAUGUUUCGUGUUAUAGCGAAGUCAGAUAGCAAAACGUAACCAACCUUUUAAUGACAUAACUACCUACAAUCAGGAUCAGGGCAACCCAGAGCAUGAGUCUGCAUAUACAAGAUAUGAUCACUCAAGCUUUUGGAAUAGAAAGAUGAAGCACGCUAAGUCCAUCAUGGUGGGAAGAAGAAGUUUUGACAGAGAGAAUCUCACUGGCGGGAUAUUAUCUGGUCGGAAGCGUAACCAAUGUGUCAUUUUACCGGCCAAUAUCCCUAUGGUUGCUGAUUCCUUUGAGCGAAGAAACCAGAACUGGAUUGCUCGGGCAAAUUCGCCUCCUGAUCUGAUCAUACAAGUUGGGGAUUCCAGCUUUCACUUGCACAAGCUUCCUAUGGUGUCAAGAAGUGAAUAUUUGAAUAGGCUCGUCUUUGACAGGAGUAGCAAUAGAGAGAGUGCCGAUAACAUCCUCAAAAUUCAAGUAGAAAAUCUUCCAGGUGGAGCAAAAACCUUUGAAUUGGUGGUGAAGUUCUGUUAUGGGUGGAAAAUUGAAAUAAAAGCAAGCAAUGUCGCCUCACUCAAUUGUGCUGCACAUUUCUUGGAAAUGAGUGACGACCUUGAAAAAGGAAAUCUGAUUUCCAAGUCAGACGCUUUUCUGAGCUUUCUCAUGUUAUCUUCAUGGAAAGACACCUUCCGUAUUCUUAAAUGCAGCGAACCCAUUUCCUCUUGGGCCAAGGAAUUAGACAUAGUGAAACGCUGCACAGAAGCAAUAGCUUGGAAGGCUUGCAUUAACCCAAAAGCAUUCAAUGAAAGCAGUGCAGAUACUUGGUGGUUUGAAGAUGUAUCAUCCCUUCGAAUAGAUCACUUCAUUGAGGUGAUUCAGUCUAUUAAAAGACGAGGAAUGAAAUCAGAUCUAGUUGGAUCAUGCAUAGCACAGUGGACCACUAAGUGGCUUUCCCAAGUCACGUUAGGACUAGAGAAGAUGACUCCCAAACACAUAACCCACCAAUUACACAGAGUUACAGUUGAAUGCUUGAUCAAAAUACUUCCCGCUGAAGAAAACUCAGUCCCUUGCAGUUUCUUGCUUCACUUGCUCAAGGCAGGGGUGAUGCUGAAAAUAAACCCAGAAUUGUUGAACAUGCUUGAAAAAAGAAUAGCUUUCAUGUUGGAGCAGUGUCGUGUUGAAGAUCUCCUGGUUAAGAAUCAAGCAGGGGACAAUGAUUCUACCUAUGAUGUGGCUGUUGUUCACAGGGUAUUGCAAUUUUAUGUUUCUUACAUGUUUACUGAUAGUGCAGCGAAAUUUCAUGUUGUUGGGAGCUUGGUGGAUGGGUAUCUAACGCAAAUUGCAAGGGACGAGAAUGUCACAGUGGAAAGCUUCCAAUCAAUUGUUGAAGUUCUGCCUCAAAAUGCUCGUUACUGUGAUGACAGCCUCUACAGAGCCAUUGACGUAUACCUCAAGGCACACCCAGAUUUGACAGAAGAAGAGAGAACAAGGUUGUGUAAAGUUCUGGAGUAUCAUAGUUUAUCACAAGAAGCACGCCAGCAUGUGAUGAAGAAUGAGAGGUUGCCCUUGAAACUGACAACGAGGUUCGUGCUUCUAGAGCAAGUGAGCAUGACGAGAUCAAUGACGAAGAAGAAUUACCGAAGAACAGGCACUCAGACGAUCAUCAGAGUAAGCAAAGAUUUUGAGAACGGAUGGUUGAAUGCCGCCGGCCAGGAGAUACAGACGAUGAGGAAAGACAUGGAAAUGAUGAAGUCACAGCUUAAGGAUCUGCUUACUUGCAAAAUAAAGCUUCAAAAGCAACUCAAGAGAUUCGUUGGCUGAAACUACACCUGCUUCUUCUUCUUCUUCAUCGCCAUCGUUGUCCGUGGUGUUUCUUGAAACGUGUUUUUGAUUUGAUUAAAACGAGGUCGGACAUAAUACCUCUAAAACCUGAUGUACCGGUGCUUAUGUAUUUCAUGGUGAUUGUUAAAUCUUUACUUAUAUCUGAUGUAUGAGGAGGGGUAAAAAGAGAAGAAAGAAAUAAAGAGGGAGAAACAGAAAUGAUAAGAUUCCUAUAAUUUCAGUUGCCAUUGUAA